GGGAGGGCGGGGCGAGUGCUGGGGGUGUGGCCUGCGGUGGGUGCCUCUGGAAGGGCGGGGCGAGUGCUGGGGGUGUGGCCUGCGGCGGGGCGUCGGGGAAAGGCGGGGUCUCAGCCGGCGCUGACGCAGCCAUGGCGGAGGCGGCUUUGGAAGCCGCGCGGAGCGAGUUACGAGAAUUCCUGGCCGCUGCAAGGGAGCUCUGCGUGCCUCUUGCUGUGCCCUACCUGGACAAACCCCCAACUCCGCUCCACUUCUGCCGGGACUGGGUCUGCCCCAACAGGCCGUGCAUCAUCCGGAACACUCUGCAGCACUGGCCGGCCCUCCAGAAGUGGUCCCUCCUCUAUUUCAGAGCCACAGUGGGCUCCACAGAGGUGAGUGUGGCCGUGACCCCAGAUGGUUACGCGGAUGCCGUGAGAGGGGAUCGCUUCAUGAUGCCAGCUGAGUGCUGCCUGCCCCUGAGCUUCAUGCUGGAUGUGCUGGAGGGCCGGGCCCAGCACCCUGGAGUCCUCUAUGUGCAGAAGCAGUGCUCCAACCUGCCCACCGAGCUGCCCCAGCUGCUGCCUGAUCUGGAAUCCCAUGUGCCCUGGGCCUCCGAAGCCCUGGGAAAGAUGCCCGAUGCUGUGAACUUCUGGCUGGGGGAGGCGGCUGCGGUGACUUCUUUGCACAAGGACCACUAUGAGAACCUCUACUGCGUGGUCUCAGGAGAGAAGCAUUUCCUGUUCCAUCCGCCCAGCGACCGGCCCUUCAUCCCCUAUGAGCUGUACACGCCGGCAACCUACCAGCCAACUGAAGAGGGCACCUUUAAGGUGGUGGAUGAAGAGGCCAUGGAGAAGGCAGAGGUGUCCAGGACCUGCCUGCUCACGGUUCGUGUCCUGCAGGCCCAUCGCCUACCCUCUAAGGACCUAGUGACCCCCUCUGUCUGCUACGUGACUCUCUGGCUGCCCAUGGCCUGCAGCCACAGGCUCCAGACACGCACGGUCAAGAACAGCAGCAGCCCUGUCUGGAACCAGAGCUUUCACUUCAGGAUCCACAGGCAGCUCAAGAAUGUCAUGGAACUGAAAGUCUUUGACCGGGACCUGGUGACCGGAGAUGACCCUGUGUUGUCAGUACUGUUUGAUGCGGGGACUCUGCGGGCUGGGGAGUUCCGGCGUGAGAGCUUCUCACUGAGCCCUCAGGGUGAGGGGCGCCUGGAAGUUGAAUUUUGCCUGCAGAGUCUGGCUGACCGUGGCGAGUGGCUCGUCAGCAAUGGCGUUCUGGUGGCCUGGGAGCUCUCCUGCUUGCACGUUCAACUGGAGGAGACAGGAGACCAGAAGUCCUCAGAGCACAGAGUUCAGCUUGUGGUUCCUGGGUCCUGUGAGGGUCCACAGGAGGCCUCUGUGGGCACUGGCACCUUCUGCUUCCACUGCCCAGCCUGCUGGGAGCAGGAACUGAGUAUUCACCUGCAGGAUGCCCCCGAGGAGCAACUAAAGGUGCCCCUGAGUGCCCUGCCCUCUGGUCAAGUGGUGAGGCUUGUCUUCCCCACGUCCCAGGAACUGCCCCUGAUGAGAGUGGAGCUGAAAAAAGAAGCAGGACUGAGGGAGCUGGCCGUGCGACUGGGCUUCGGGCCCUGUGCAGAGGAGCAGGCCUUCCUGAGCAGGAGGAAGCAGGUGGUGGCCGCGGCCUUGAGGCAGGCCCUGCAGCUGGAUGGAGACGUGCAGGAGGAUGAGAUCCCAGUGGUAGCUAUUAUGGCCACUGGUGGUGGGAUCCGGGCAAUGACUUCCCUGUAUGGGCAGCUGGCUGGCCUGAAGGAGCUGGGCCUCUUGGAUUGCGUCUCCUACAUCACCGGGGCCUCGGGCUCCACCUGGGCCUUGGCCAACCUUUAUGAGGACACAGAGUGGUCUCAGAAGGACCUGGCAGGGCCCACUGAGUUGCUGAAGACCCAGGUGACCAAGAACAAGCUGGGUGUGCUGGCCCCCAGCCAGCUGCAGCGGUACCAGCAGGAGCUGGCCGAGCGUGCCCGCUUGGGCUACCCAAGCUGCUUCACCAACCUGUGGGCCCUCAUCAACGAGGCGCUGCUGCAUGAUGAGCCCCAUGAUCACAAGCUCUCAGAUCAACGGGAGGCCCUGAGUCAUGGCCAGAACCCUCUGCCCAUCUACUGUGCCCUCAACACCAAAGGGCAGAGCCUGACCACUUUUGAAUUUGGGGAGUGGUGCGAGUUCUCUCCCUACGAGGUCGGCUUCCCCAAGUACGGGGCCUUCAUCCCCUCUGAGCUCUUUGGCUCCGAGUUCUUUAUGGGGCAGCUGAUGAAGAGGCUUCCUGAGUCCCACAUCUGCUUCUUAGAAGGUAUCUGGAGCAACCUGUAUGCAGCCAACCUCCAGGACAGCUUAUACUGGGCCUCAGAGCCCAGCCAGUUCUGGGACCGCUGGGUCAGGAACCAGGCCAACCUGGACAAGGAGCAGGUCCCCCUUCUGAAGAUAGAAGAACCACCCUCAACAGCCGGCGGGAUAGCUGAGUUUUUCACCAAUCUUCUGACGUGGCGUCCACUGGCCCAGGCCCCACAUAAUUUCCUGCGUGGCCUCCAUUUCCACAAAGACUACUUUCAGCAUCCUCACUUCUCCACAUGGAAAGCUACCACUCUGGAUGGGCUCCCCAACCAGCUGACACCCUCGGAGCCCCACCUGUGCCUGCUGGAUGUUGGCUACCUCCUCAAUACCAGCUGCCUGCCCCUCCUGCAGCCCACUCGGGACGUGGACCUCAUCCUGUCAUUGGACUACAACCUCCACGGAGCCUUCCAGCAGUUGCAGCUCCUGGGCCGGUUCUGCCAAGAGCAGGGGAUCCCGUUCCCGCCCAUCUCGCCCAGCCCCGAAGAGCAGCUCCAGCCUCGGGAGUGCCACACCUUCUCCCACCCCACCUGCCCCGGAGCCCCUGUGGUGCCGCACUUUCCUCUGGUCAGCGACUCCUUCCGGGAGUACUCGGCCCCUGGGGUCCGGCGGCCACCCGAGGAGGCGGCAGCUGGGGAGGUGAACCUGUCUUCAUCGGACUCUCCCUACCACUACACGAAGGUGACCUACAGCCAGGAGGACGUGGACAAGCUGCUGCACCUGACACAUUACAAUGUCUGCAACAACCAGGAGCAGCUGCUGGAGGCUCUGCGCCAGGCAGUGCAGCGGAGGCGGCAGUGCAGGCCCCACUGAUGGCCGGGGCCCCUGCCACCCCUAACUAACUAACUCUCAUUCAUUCCCUGGCUGCUGAGUUGCAGGUGGGAACUGUCAUCACGCAGUGCUUCAGAGCCUCGGGCUCAGGUGGCACUGUCCCAGGGUCCAGGCUGAGGGCUGGGAGCUCCCUUGCGCCUCAGCAGUUUGCAGUGGGGUAAGGAGGCCAAGCCCAUUUGUGUAAUCACCCAAAACCCCCCGGCCUGUGCCUGUUUUCCCUUCUGCGCUACCUUGAGUAGUUGGAGCACUUGAUACGUUACAGACUCAUACAAAUGUGAGGCGCUGA